AUGCAGCCCCCCGUCCCAGCUCCUCAGCAGCAACAGAAUCAAUAUCAGGUACCUUUGGGCCCACCCCCUGCAUACACCCAGGAGUCACCUUAUGCUCCGCGCAACAGUACGUACCAAGGGUACAACCCUCAGCCGCAAACGCACCAUGCGCCUCCGGGUUCAGCAUCCCAGCAUCCUCCAGGAUAUCCUCAGGGAGAUCAAUCCCCACCAGCUGGUCGUUACGACCAAAAAGGCACGGAGUACCCAGCAUACCAAGUGGCUUCCCCAGGAGGCAGGGCAGGACCAUCAAAUUAUCCUUUAUACCAGCCAAACAACAGUCUGAGCCCAUACAGCCAGACUCCAGAGAGUAAAGGGUUAUCCCUAGCUUCAUUCUUUGGUAACACGGGCCCUCCGCCAAUGUGGCAGCGUCAACCGCCUCAGCAUCUGCCUCACGACCAGUUCCCUCCCAUGUGUCUCAUCUCAAACGGAACGGACCUGAGCAAAGGCUUCCCUGAGGUGCCUCCCCCAUGUCAACCAUGUGUUCACCCAUUUGCGACGCAUGAUAUCUUGGAGGAGGAUUGGAAACGAUUCCUGGCAGACGUUAAGAAAGCGGCUUCAUUAUCUGGAGGACAACGCAUCAAAUCGAAUGUCAUACCAAUGGUGACAGGCCUCGGUUUUGUCGGCGGUUUGUUCCUGACUAGAGGCAUCGAGAAACGAAUGAAAGCGAAGAAUCGCAACGCGGCGGGAGACGUCGUUGAUCACUGGAACUACUACUUCUUCGGACCUCGCAAAAUGGAAGCUGUUCUCUGCCAAGGGUCCGAGCGCUUGAGCGGCCGUGAGGGUGCGGCCCCGCCUUCUGAGUAUGGUCAGCUCCAGAUGGCAAAUGGCCUCCGUCGUCGAGCCUCAAACUCUGAGGACGACAAGAGUCACCGUAGGCAUGGAUAUGGGCCGUCUGCAUCGUACAAGUUUGAUAAAAGAGAGCGUCGGGCCGCGAGAAGAGAGGCUAAGACUGAGAGACGCCAGGAGAGACGCGCUCGUAAGGCGGAACGUCGCAGUGGUAAGGCUCGUGGGGGAAAUUCGGAGCCUUACCAGCUUUUCAUUCAAGCUAUCUAG